UAAAUAAACAUUAAAAAAUUCAUUAAAAGUGUAUUGUUUUGACUUUCAUUAACCUAAUAGCCCCCUUAAAGUUAGACUUAAGAUUAAAUAUAACGUUUUUAUCCAGCUGGUUCACGUAAAGGGAGGAUAUUGCGCUAAUGAUGCGUCAUCCAAACCUUUCGAACGUCUUUUUCGAACGUUUUCGAGAAAAUCUAAAGAAUUUCAAAAGAAAGACACUCUCAUAACAAUGUCGUCUGUGGCAGGAUCAAAGCGUCGAAUUGACAAUAAGUCGUGCAAAAUCAAGUACAAAGCUCUUAAAGCGUUGGAAAAGGGUACUGCGCCAAAGGAUGUGGCAAAAGAGUUUAAAAUUCCUCCAAGCACCCUGUCAACUUGGAAAAAAAAUAAAGAAAAGAUUUACAAGCAGUUUAACAACGGGCAAACAUCGAAGAGAUCAAAGCCAGAAAAAUUCAAAGAUGUGAACAAAGCUGUUCAUAAAUGGUUACUUAUGAUGAGGAGUGAGAAUAUCCCAAUCAGUGGCCCGAUGCUGAAAGAGAAAGCUCUUGAGUUUGCCGAAGCGUUGGGUGUCGAGUCAUUUCAAGCUUCUCAGGGGUGGAUGGCUAAAUGGAAAACCAGGUUAGUUGACUAAGAUUUUGUUUGUUUAUCUUCGUGAAGAUAAAAUCUAAAAAAAUGUUACAAUAGCUUUGGUAGUUGUUUUUUCAAAAUAUAAAUAGACUCUCUUUCAGAGAGGAAGGAUAAUUUGCAAAAGGAUGCAGAAAGAGCGAUCAACGAAGAUGACGACCCUUUUAAAAGUUUAACCAGCAAAGUAGAAGAAGACCCAAUUCCAACCCUCGAUGCUGAACUCUCUUACAUAAAACGAAGGUUUCCUGACCACAUUGAUCCUGACUUAUCAACUGAAGAUUUCAUUGAUUUUGACAUUGAAGUCAGUACAUCCCAUGGGCGUCUGAAGACUGCUGACAUCAUUGCUGAGAUCACUGGGACUCAAGACGAAGAAUUAGAAGAGGUCGACGAAGAAGACAAGGAGGAAGAAGAUAAGAUCACAAGACCGACGGCCGAGCAAGUGCGUACAGCUAUCAACGUCCUCGAAGACUUGAGUAUUUUUUCACAUUUUGGAGAAGAAAUGAUAGCUUCCCUGAGGGACUUGAAUCGUAAUAUCGCCAAAGAUUUUGAUAUGAGUUGUAAGCAAACAGUUAUCACCGACUUCUUUUCUAAAUAAACAUUAAAAAAUUCAUUAAAAGUGUAUUGUUUUGACUUUCAUUAACCUAAUAGCCCCCUUAAAGUUAGACUUAAGAUUAAAUAUAACGUUUUUAUCCAGCUGGUUCACGUAAAGGGAGGAUAUUGCGCUAAAAGUUGAAAACCUCUACAACUCGAAUGUCUCCAUAACUCGAACGAUUUCCUUUUCCCCGUGGCUGUUCGAGUUAUGAAGACUCUACUGUAUUUCUUUCUUAUACGUUAUUAAAAAAAUCGUCAAGCUUUCCAUUUAUUCGCGGAUUUUGAAGAAGCAGUUUAUUGAUACGCCCUUGUAAAUGAAGUGCCACUUAACUUUUUCAACGCAGUUUGUAAGUGUCACUGGAAAACAUGUGAACAAAGGGUAGGAUAUAAUUCCUGUUAAAUAUACGUUCCGAAGACCACAAAA